UCACCAAAUUUCUAAACAAUUAAAACAAAACCAAACAGCAUCACUAAAUAAUUGCACACAAAAAAAUAAGAAUAAAAACAGUAGCUGUUUCAAGUUUGCAGCACCGUCACCGACUCAGUAACGCCCCAGAAAAACAGAAUUAUGGAAAUUAUUUUCAGCAGUGCAGCUGUGAUCUUGUAAUAGAAAUAAAAGAAUAAGACAGGCAUUAAAGAUAACAUUUUUGAAGGAGACAAAAGUAUAUAAAGACCAUAAAAGUAACGUUAAAAACAUCAAAAAAGCAGCAAAAGAUAGCGAUACUCAGUGACCCAACAACCAGAAGAAGAAAGCUUUGUUCUAUUUCAAAAUAAUUUAUUAAAGUUCACUUCUUUUUAUCAUUUUGUUUUCUGGGCUCAAUCAUCAGUAAUGCAAAUAUUACAAAUUGUUCGAGUUUUUUUGGUAAAAUAAGAGGGGGAAAAUAUGCUCUCUUCUUCUCAACGCUACCCAUCUCCUUUCACCACUCGUAUUUUUUCUGAUGUUGCUGGAGACAUUACAAUUGUUGUGGAUGGGGAGUCAUUUCUUCUGCAUAAGUUUCCUCUUGUUUCGCGAAGUGGAAAGAUUCGGAAAAUGGUUGCAGAUGCUAAGGAUUCAAACAUUUCUAAGCUGGAGCUUCACAACAUACCUGGUGGACCUCAAACAUUUGAACUAGCCAUGAAAUUCUGCUAUGGCAUGAACUUCGAGAUCACAACAGCCAAUGUCGCCCAUCUGCGCUGUGCUGCGGAAUAUUUGGAAAUGACUGAAGAUUACAGAGACGAAAACCUCGUUGAACGUACAGAGAUUUAUCUAAGUGAGGUUGUGGUUCAAAGUAUUGAAAAAUCAGUUGAGGUGCUAUCGGCUUGUGAGAUGUUGCUUCCGACAGCAGAGGAGAUAGGAAUUCCGAAUAGAUGUGUUGAGGCCAUCGCUAUUAAUGCUUGCAAGGAACAGUUAGUAUCUGGAUUAUCGCGGCUUGAAUGCAAUGAAGAAUCUGCAGAACUAAAGAGCGGUUGUAUUGAAUGGUGGAUUGAAGAUCUCUCGGUACUAAAGAUUGAUUACUAUCAAAGAGUUAUCUGUGCGAUGGGAAGGUUAGGUGUUCGACAGGAUAGUAUUGUCGCUUCUCUAAUGCAUUAUGCUCAGACUUCAUUGAAGGGGAUCGGUAAAUAUCAAAUUUGGAAUCCGGCAAAGACGAAACCAAGUCCUAGUUUGGCGGAACAUGAUCAGAGCAUUAUCUUGGAAAUUCUCGUUAGCCUUAUGCCAUCAGAAAAAAGCUCUGCCAUUCCGCUGAGCUUUCUUUUCGGGAUGUUACGGAUGGCAAUUAUGUUAGAUACGUCAAUUGCCUGCAGACUCGAGCUUGAAAGGAGAAUUGCUUUUCGUUUGGAGAUGGUUUCGCUUGAUGAUCUUCUCAUUCCAUCUGUUCGGAGUGGGGAUUCAUUGUUUGAUGUUGAUACUGUCCAUCGGAUACUUGUCAGUUUCCUGCAGCGAGUUGAAGAAGAAGAUAAUGAAGAUUUUGGGUACGAAUCUGAAGGCCUUGCGUCGACUAGCCAUGGUUCGUUGUUGAAAGUAGGAAAGCUGAUCGAUGCAUACUUAGCAGAAAUCGCACCUGAUCCGUAUUUGAGUUUGCAGAAAUUCAUCGCUAUGCUCGAGAUACUGCCUGAUUAUGCUCGAGUGAUAGAUGAUGGACUUUAUAGAGCUAUUGACAUAUACUUAAAGGCUCAUCCGAUGUUAUCAGACCACGAUUGCAAGAAGCUCUGCAAGUUCAUAGACUGCCAAAAACUAUCUCAAGACGCAUGCAAUCACGCUGCACAGAAUGAUCGACUACCGGUCCAAAUGACAGUACGAGUGCUCUAUUUUGAACAAAUCCGAUUAAAGAAUGCCUUGUCCGGAAGUUCCGGGGACGGGUUUCUAUCGCAGAGAAUAAGCAGCGGGAUACCAAGCGCAGCCAUGUCUCCUCGAGACAACUAUGCUUCAUUACGAAGGGAAAAUCGAGAACUUAAGCUUGAGAUAUCGAGAAUGAGAGUGAGGUUAAGUGAGCUAGAGAAAGAGCAAAUGUACAUGAAACAAGGGAUGAUAGAUAAGUCAGCAAAUGGAAAAACUUUCUUUACAUCAAUCUCUAAAGGGAUUGGAAGGAUCGGGAUUUUCGGAAGUAGUCCAGCGGGAGGGAGACAACAAAAGUCUGGUCGCAAAUCUCGCCGAUCAGACGGAAAAAAUGGUUUAUCACAAGAUUAGUAAAUUCAGGGGACAAAGUACAUUGGAUUAGGAAGCUUAAAAGUUCUGUUGCCAACAAAAUCUCCUUGUAGAUCACUCCACUGAUCACCCACAUUCCCCCAUAUUCUGUAACCUUCUUCUACUAAUUGUUUUCUAACACUAGAUUUGUAUGCAA